AUGAGCAAAAACUACAUAAAUGUAUCCAAGAAAGGUUUUGGGUACGACUACGAAUAUGAAAAUGUACUUAUUCCAGAAAAGAAGCGACGCAAAUUAGGAAGGGAAUAAAUCAAAAAUAGAUAGAUCACUUCAAUGAGAAUUGAUAAAAAUUUAUGCGACAAUUCGAUUUCAACUAGCAAAUACAAUUACUUUAACUUUGUGCCUAAAAAUUUGAUUGAGCAAUUUUCUAAGAUAGCAAAUCUGUAUUUCUUAGUUAUUGGGUUCUUUUAAAUUAUUCCAUAAAUUUCAAUUUCUGAAGGUAUUCCUACAAUUUUCUUGCCGCUCUUUGUCAUUCUUGUAGUUACUGCAGCAAAGGAUUUCUAUGAAGAUUAUAAACGUCAUAAAUCUGAUAAUGAAGAGAAUAAUCGUAAAACAAAGAAAUGGGAUAUACAAAACAAUAUGUUUGUGGAGGUCGAAUGGGCAAAGCUUUAUGUUGGAGAUGUCAUUUUGGUUGAAGAUAAAGAUUUCCUUCCUGCUGAUAUCUUAGUUUUAACCACCUCUGAACCUAAAGGUCUUUGCUACAUCGAAACAAAAUCUCUAGAUGGUGAGACUAAUUUAAAACAACGUAACGCACAUAAAGAUCUUUACUAAUAUUAUGGACCUUAAUAUAAAUAAGCAAAUGAUAGAACUAUAGUCUUUUCCUAUGAAUUACCAAAUCCUCUCCUACACAAAUUUAAAGGAACUUGCUCUUUUACAGGAAUUCAAGCUUCAAUUGAUAUAAAUAAUUUCUUACUCAGAGGCUGCAAAUUAAAAAAUACAAAAUGGGUUUUAGGUUUAGUUUCUUACACUGGACAUGAUACCAAAAUUAUGAAAAACAAUUUUAAUGCUAGAGCAAAAAAGAGUCAUCUUGAAAAGACUAUGGGUAAUCAAAUUAUUUUGAUUUUUGUAGUACAAAUAGUACUGUGCUUCUUUUGCUCACUUUAUUAUAUGAUCUGGUACAAUUCGAAUGCUAGCUAUCUUCCUUAUUUGGCUAUUAAUUAGAACUAAGUUGAAGAUAAUAGUGAUUACUACAACUUCUUUGUAAGAUUUGGCAAUUGGAUUCUCAUCUUCAAUAACUUUGUCCCAAUAUCACUGCUUGUUACAUUAGAAAUGGUUAAAUUCUUCUAAGCUAUCAUCAUCAAUUUAGAUGAAUAAAUGGUUUAUACUUGCGUAGAUGAAAAAGGGGAAACCGUAAUCACUCCUACAAGUGUAUAAAGCUCAAAUUUAAAUGAAGAAUUGGGAUAAAUCGAAUAUAUAUUCUCAGACAAAACAGGAACAUUAACUUGUAACAUUAUGGAAUUUAAAAAGAUUUCAAUCAAUGGUAUUUCAUACGGUGAACCAUAAGAAAGAGAACAUCCAAAUUAUAUGGAGGAUAUCUCAGCAUUCCCAAAAGUUACAAAUGUUGAUUUUAGAGAUCAAUCUUUCUUUACUGCAUUUAAAAAUGAAAGUCACCCUGAAUAUUUGAAAAUUAAGAAAACAUUAGAAAUCCUAGCUUUAACUCACACAGUCAUUACUGAAGAAAAGGAAGAAAAUGGGAAAAAAGAAAUUAUUUACAAUGCAGCUUCUCCUGAUGAACUUGCUUUAGUAAAUUUUGCAAAGUAUUGUGGAGUUGAAUAUAAAGGAAUAGAUGAGUAACAGAAUUUAAUUUAUACCUUUAAAGGAGAAAACAGACAGGUUAAACAAUUGCAUGUUUUUGAUUUUGAUUCUACUAGAAAGAGAUAGUCCGUUGUCAUUUAAGAUUUAAAAACUAAUAAGUAUUACUUGUACACUAAAGGUGCUGAUUCCGUUCUAUUUUCUCUCAUGGAUAAAUAAAAAUCUGUUAAAAUCUAAGAGACUGAAAAGAAUUUAGAUGACUAUGGUAAUAUAGGUCUUAGAACUCUUUUAUUGUGUGAAAAAGAAAUUUCAAAUGAAGAGUAUUAGAGUUGGUCAAAAUAGUAUCAUGAAGCAUGCACAACUAUAGAAAACAGAGAAGAAAGAAUGACAGAAGUCCAAGCUCUUUUAGAAAAGGAUUUAAUUUUAGUGGGAGCUACUGCCAUUGAAGAUAAGCUAUAGGAUUAAGUUGGAUAGACUAUUCAUGCUUUGAAGAGUGCAGGAAUUAAGGUUUGGGUAUUAACUGGUGAUAAAGUAGAAACAGCAAUCAAUAUUGGUUUUUCUUGCAAACUUCUAUCUCAUGAUUUAAAUUAGCACAUUGUUAAAUUAAGAAAAGAUGUAGAAGACAAACCUGAAGAAAUAAUAAAAGCUGAUAUCCUUAAAUAGCUCCGUAAUAUAAAAAAAUAGAUAGAAACAAAUGUUGAUGAUCAAAAUAAAGUAAAAGACAAUAAUGCUUUUAUCAUUACUGGUGAAGCUUUGGUGCAUGCAAUGGUUGAAGGACCAAAGACCCUUCUGCUAACAAUAACAAAUAAUUGCACAUCAGUCUUGUGCUGCAGAGUUUCUCCAAAAUAAAAGCAAUAAAUUGUAAGUCUUGUAAGAGAUAAUAAGCCAAAUGUUUCAACAUUGGCAAUAGGUGAUGGAGCUAAUGAUGUAAAUAUGAUUUGUGCAGCACAUGUCGGUGUUGGUAUUAAAGGUUUAGAAGGCUAACAAGCUGCAAGAGCGAGUGACUAUUCUAUUGGUGAAUUUAAAAUAUUAAGAAAUCUCCUAUUUUUCCAUGGAAGAGAGUCAUACAGAAGAAAUUCUAAGUUAGUUUGCUACAAUUUUUACAAGAACAUAGUGCUGGUCUUACCAUAAUUCUUCUACUCGUUCUAUAAUAAUUUCUCUGGACAAACCUUAUAUGAUAGUUAUAUCUAUUAGCUUUUCAACGUAUUUUAUGCAUCUCUCCCAAUUAUAAUUUAUGCAGUUUAUGACUAUGAAUUUGAUUACAAGGUGCUUUUAGAAAACAAAAAGAAUUACUACUUAUAGGGUCUAAAGCAUUAACUCUUUAACACACAAGUUUUCUGGGCUUGGUUCUUCAGCGGUGUUUGCUAAUCAGUAAUAUUAGCCUUUUUCAGCUAUCAAAGUUUAGAGUUUUCAUUCUCUGAUUCAAAAGGUAAAACACUUGGAUUCUGGGAUUCAGGUACAAUGGUAUUUGGUAUGGCUGUGGUCAAUGCAAAUUUGAAAGUUUUGAUAAUUUCAUAUGAGCAUAGCUUAGGAAGCUUAAUUAUUAAUUUUGGCUCAAUGGCAUUUUAUUUAUUAACUUUAGUAGUAAUUUCAUCUUCAUUCACCUUUUCAUCUAUUCAUGGGCUUUUUAGUGACUUUAUUAAAUCUCCUAAUUUGCAUAUUGGUAACAUUCUUAUCAUAGCAUCUACUUCAAUGCUUGACUAUUUCUUAGAGCUAUGGGAUCGCUGGAAUAAACAAAUAUAGAUUGAAAAUGCUGCUUUGGAUAUUGAUUAAGAUAUACAAUAGAUUAACUGA